GCAGCUAGCUAGCUUUAGCCAGAAGCAGAGGAGGGAAAAUGAGGACCGGUAGCCUGAUAGUUGCCGUGAUGUUUCUGGCGUGUUUGGCAGCGGUGGAAGGCUAUCACACGUCAAUCAAACGAGCUCGUGAAAUUCCCUCAUUGCUGGCCGUUGGACGCCGAUGAUGAAAACGACGAGCCCAUUGACUGCGGAGGCCUCACGAUGGAGUGGAGAAGGCGGCCCGACAAGCCUGAAGUCACAGUAGGAGGCACUGUCCAUUUCGCUGUCAACAUCACCUCCACUGACAUUCAAUUCAAUGAUGAUCUAGCUGCCCUGUGUGUGAGGGACUGUCCGGCCCACUGCAAUGUGACGCCACAGGACUGCUGUGUUUGGCAUGCAACUCUCCUCACCUGUUCUCUUCGCCCUGGCGAUGACUUUGAUUUAUGUGUUCCAUGGAGUGAGCGCAAUGUAGUUCGAACUGAGACGAUGUGUGGGCCGUUUGGUUUGUACAAUGCCUCCAUAGUACUGUCUGAGCCCGGGUUCAGAAUCAUCAUCUACCACCUGCAAGUGGGGAACGUGUCCAUAGUUCUCGGUGACUACAUUAACAUAAGGGGUGCUGGUAAGGUCUUCACUAUUAUUAUAUGCUGGAAGAAAGUAAUAAUGAUAUCUCUGCACAUCCAGUAUGUGGAGAUAUGAUGUGUCACAAAGCUGUUGAAGAUUGUGUUUCCUGCCCAGUGGACUGCUGUGCAGUGGAAUUGGGCACUGUGGUCUCGGUUGCUUUUUUGGUGGUGGUGAUAACAGCUACGAUAGUGACCACCCUCUCCGUAGCUGGGUGUGUUGUUUACCGCAAGAAGAAGCGAAUCGGAGAUGAGAGUUGGAUCAUCAACUAUAGUGACAUUACCACCAACCCUAAGAGAGCCAUGUCCAGUCUCCAAAGUCUCAACAAGAGAAGAGGCAGCACUGGUGGCUCCCUCACCUCUGCAUUAGACCUUCAGGCACAACAGGUCUUCGCUGAAAUAGGAGCAUAUGAAGGUAAAACUGUUGCCAUCAGAAGAAUUCGAAUGAAGAGAUGCAUAUUUGCUGGGUGUGGUAGCAUCUCGUCUCAAUUAAGAAAAGAAGUCUUUCAAAUAAGGUAUCUGGAGCACCAGAACCUGUGUAAGUUCAUAGGAGCCACAGUGAAAGACCCUACACCCAACAUAGCUAUCAUCAGUGAAUACUGCUCCAAGGGUAGCCUCAAUGAUGUUCUACUGAACGAUGAUGUUCCUCUCACAUGGAACUUUCGAUUCUCAUUUGCCGGGGACAUCGCUCGUGGAAUGGCCUUCCUUCACUCUCACGGCAUCACACACGGUCGACUUACCUCUUCAAACUGUGUCAUUGAUGAUAGAUGGGUCACUAAAGUCACAGAUUACGGUCUGCCUGCUCUGAGGUAUGGGGAGGAGAGUGGGGAGGAAGAGGAGGAAGAGGCCGGCGAACAGCUGCAGAGGAUUGUUCCAAAGGUUUAUCGUGCCCCUGAAGUAAGAGACCUUCCUCCACAGAAACCCUCCAGUUCUCAGCCUGCAGACGUGUACAGCUAUGCCAUCAUCCUCUAUGAAAUAGCCACUGGAAUGGAUCCACACUCUGAGAAUACCUGGCAACUGGAUGCUAACUUCAAGCCUAAGAUAAACCAGGGCCAGCUGAGUAACACAAAGUGUCCUUGCUCUCAAGACUAUCUCAAUCUCAUCAACAAGUGCUGGACCUUCAGUCCUCAGACUAGACUCACGUUCGAUAGAGUCAAGAAAGAGUUGAGAAACAUUAACCCCUCCAACACCAGCGCCCUCGCAUGGACA